AGAUAUAUAAGAAUUAUUUAUAUUAUUCUAACCUAAAAUAUAUGUUCUGCUAAAAUAAUGGCCUCUGCUCUAAUAAAUGCUUUAAAGAAAAUAUAUAUUUCCCCAAUAGUAACAAUUCGCGCUUAUUCUACUGCCACCAACACUUUGCCUGCAGCUUCGAAUAACUUCGUGGAAGUAAAUAAGAAGGAAUGGAAAUUUCCUCCAACUUAUACAAAACCACGAGAAGUAUGGAUUGAAAACCUAGAUAGUAUUGAAGAGAAAAAGUUGGGAUUAUGUGAACUCCAUCCUUUGGUGUACGCUACGGUACCACGCAUUGAUAUCAUUCACAGAAAUGUUAUAUGGCAAAGGAAAUACAGAUGGGUGUCCUGGGCCCAUACUAAAACGAGAGCUGAAGUGCGCGGUGGUGGCAAAAAACCUUGGCCACAGAAAGGUCUAGGUCGAGCAAGACAUGGUUCGAUUAGAUCUCCAUUGUUUCGUGGCGGCGGCGUAGCUCAUGGCCCACGUUCUGGAAAAACUCAUUUUUUCAUGCUACCUUUUCACCUUAGAAUAUAUGGCCUUACUUCGACUUUAUCAGCGAAAUUGGCACAAGAUGAUCUACACAUUGUCAAAGAUUUAGAUUUACCAUCAGAUGAGCCAGAUUAUCUUUCGGACCUCAUAGAAAGCAGAAACUGGGGUCCAUCUGUGUUAAUUGUUGACGACUCUGACUUAGCUCCUAGAAAUAUUACAGCUGCAUCUGAUGCUCUUCCACAUGUCAAUAUAAUGCCUGUCUAUGGACUCAAUGUUUACUCGAUGUUAAAACAUGAUACUUUAGUCCUGACAUUAUCUGCAGCAGAAAAGAUAGAAGAAAGAAUUUUACAUCAUCUGCAUUCUAUAACUAAUGAUAAGCAGGGUGAAUUUAAAUUGAGUCAAGUAUAAUAAAUUAAUAUGAUCACAUAUUAGAUGAAAUAAAUGAUAACCAU